AUGCUGUUCAAGACCAGCUUCACGUUUUUCCUUCUCUCCUUCGUCGCAGCGCGAUCGAUCAAGGCCCCUCGUGCCGCUUACCCUUUCAACAACCUCGUCGCAUACGGUGAUGAGCUGUCCGACAAUGGAAAUGGCAGCUUCGCUCAUGGCAUCACCGGAGACCCAGCCAACGUUUAUGGCUUCGGCACCUGGACCAACGGCCCGGUCGCCGUCUCGUACCUCGCGGAUCUCCUCAAGGUCCCUAUGACCGACUAUGCCUUUGGCGGCUGCUGCGGCGGUGGCUCUUUCGGCGCGACGUUCGACAACGCCUACACCAAGUCGCCCGCCGGGGCAACAGAUAUGCUCGGCCAAAUCUCGAACUACACUGGCACCGGCUCAAAGGGCAUUGCUUCCUCUCUCCAGUUCUUAUGGUUCGGAGAAAACGAUCUCAGCAUGCACACGGACGCCUUCUGGCUCGGCGAUGCCAAGAAUGCGCAAUUCGCAACCGAUGCCGCGGCGAAGAUCACAGCCUCAGUCAAGGGCCUGCUCGACAAGGGUGCACCGUACGUCAUGGUCGCCAACAUAUACCCCAAGCAUCUUGCGCCGGUUACGCCAAAGUACCUCUGCGGUACCAACGCGGACUGCGUCAAGACCUGGGGCCAAGUCAUCACCUCGGCCAAUGCCGCUAUCCAGAAGAGUCUGGGUCAGUUCGGGAAGAAGGUCAUCUACUACGACGUCUUCAGCUACAUGGUGCAGAUCCUGAACAAUUCGAAGGCCUACGGCUUCCCCAAGCCCUUGAACCUGUUUUGUGACGGUGAUGAGACCGCGCAGUGGGACGACUGUAUGGUCAAGGGCAAUGCGAACCAGUACUUCUGGAUGAACUUCAUUCAGCCCACCACGGCUGGCCACAAGUUGAUUGCUCAGGAUAUGAAGAAGACCAUCGAUGCUCAUUUCGCUUAG